AUGGCUUCCCUCCUCGAGCGCAUGAACCUCUCGACCGGUUCUAUUGGCCCUGAACGAUCCAAAUCCAACCUCAGUCGAGGAGCGGCCGCUCCCUACAACCGCGCAAAUCGUACGCCAAAAGGAGACGUCAACGGACAGUGGUCGCAUGAUCUCUACGAGACCCACAACUCUCUCUCUGCGCGUCUCAACCUCCCGCCAUCGGCACCAAAAGCGAACCUCAACCCCAUCGCGCAGAAGGCCAUCAAGGAUGCGACAUCGUCAACGCGUUCCGAAGCGUCACUAUCGAUCAAGGGUGCUGGCUCGCAGGGCAACGUGGUCGAAGUGUCAGGGUUAGUCGCGGGCACGACAGCAGAGGACGUGGCAGCCAUUUUCAAGCGGUGUGGUGCGAUCACCGACCAAAAGACGGUGUCGAAGAAGAACGAGGACGUGCGCAUCCGGCUGACGUUCAAGACGCCAGCAUCUGCGACCUCUGCGGUGCAAAAGUUCCACAACCAACCGGCAGAUGGCAAAACCUUAUCGGUGAAGAUUGUUGGAGCUUCGUCGACGGGAUUGACGCUGGGAGGGAGACUGGGAGGCUCGGAUGGCCUGGGUUUGGUGAGGGAAGAGGGCAGUGUGGAUGUGCUCAUGGACGCGCAAGAGAACACUGGCUCAAAAAUGCGUUCAGACUCAUUAAUUCAAUCAGAUCCUCGAGCGCAUGUUCUUGUCGCACCUCCAGGUGCAGACCCUGCAGAUUACCUACCAGUGUCCUCGUCUCGAGGCGGCAGAGGUGGCAGAGGUGGUCGCGGACGCGGUGGUCGGCGAGGAAAGCGUGGAAUUGCUGCGCGUAUGGAUCUAGACUAA